AUGGCAACCUCAAUGAAUGAUGCUCACACCGUAGGUCUCUCCAUCACUCGUCCACCAAGAUUCAACGGCUUAAACUACAACCAUUGGAAGGUUCGCAUGAAGAUUUUCUUACAGUCACUCGACUAUGACAUUUGGAAAUCAAUCUGGACAAGUGAUGACAAAUUGAGGUUCACCUUAAACGCUAAAGCCAUGAAUGCAUUAUAUUGUGCCUUGAGCUUGGAGGAGUCUGACCGUAUUUUUAUUUGCAAAACUGCAAAAGAAAUAUGGAGAACAUUAGAGUUGACUCAUGAAGACACCAAGCAAGUUAAGGACUGCAAAAGCUAUAAUUUAGUUAGUCAAUAUGAGCUAUUCAAGAUGAAAUCUGACGAGUCCAUUAAAGAAAUGUAUACAAGAUUCACCAACAUUGUGAAUGAAUUAAAAUCUCUUGGAAUAGAGUAUCCAACAGUGGAUCUUGUAAACAAAAUUCUUUGA